AUGAAGGUCCUCAUCAUCGGAGCGGGGCUGGGCGGUCUCGCCUGUGCGAUUGCGUGCAGGAGGGAGGGACUGGAGGUCGUGGUCCUCGAGAGGGCGAACAGACUUGUGCCCAUAGGCGCCGGUAUCCAGGUGCCCCCGAACGGGACCAGGGUGGCUCGCCAGCUGGGGUUCCUGGAUCAGGUGUUGCAGCGCGCUGUCGUCAUCGACGAGAUGGAGCUGAGGCGGUACGCCGACGGUAAACGUCUUUAUUCGCUUUCCGCGAAGAAGUCGAAGGAGGAGUACGGGGAUGUGUGGAUGGUCAUCCACAGGGCCGACUACCAUGCCGUCUUGUGGAACACCUGCAGAUCGCUCGGUGUGGACUUGUGCUUGGAUAUGGAUGUUGAGAGAAUCGACUUUGAGUCUAACACCGUCUGGCUCGAGGACGGUGAUGAUGUCUCUGGAGACGUAAUCAUUGGUGCUGACGGCCUGUACUCAAUAUGUCGAAACCAGCUCCUUGGAACACCGUCACCGGCAGUCGAGACGGGAGAUCUGGCGUACCGAGCAACGUUCCCACUGGAAUACCUCAAGAGUCUCAAAGACCCCAGCAUCGACGAACUCUGUGCUCGGAAGCAAGUCACCGUCUGGGUGGGGCCUUGCAAGCAUACGGUGUUCUAUCCUGUGAGGGAAGGAAAGGAGUUCAAUCUCGUUCUGCUCAGACCCGAUGAUAUGGCGCCUGGGCAAAGACACGUCGAAGGAGAUGUUGGUGAGAUGAGACAGAGCUAUGAAGGUUGGGACGAGACACUUACCAAGCUGAUAUCAUGCAUAUCGAGAGUACAAAAGUGGAAGCUUUGCACGCAUCCUGAGUUGGAGACUUGGACAAAGGGAUGCGUGGCCCUCCUAGGCGACUCCUGUCAUCCAAGUCUCCCAUACCAGGCCCAAGGGGCAGCCAUGGCAGUCGAAGACGGGGCCGUUCUCGGGAAACUCCUGGGCCUGCUUAAAGCCUCUUCUAAAGGAAACCCGACGGAGUUGAUUCCGGAGGUGCUGCGGCUGUACGAGUCCCUGCGAAAGUCACGGACCACCGUCAACGUCCAAGGCGCAAAAUCGAAUCAGAAAUGGUAUCAGAUACCGGACGGACCCGAGCAAAGGGCGCGAGAUGCGGAGAUGGCAGGUGCCAAGCUCGCAGAUGGAUUGUCGCCCACGGGCUGGCGGUGGAUCGAUCUGGACUACCAGAGGGAACUUUUGGGCCACGAUUCGGUCGCUGAAGCUGUCGAGGCGUUUGAGAAGUGGAAUGCGGCUCGGACCUGA